AUGUCGUUGACACCAGUUCCAGAGACUAUAAUGUCGUUGACACCAGUUCCAGAUGAGGAUAUCGGGGAUGAUAGUGACUAUGAAGAAGCGAGGUACGUAGAAAUGCAGAAUCUUUUCAGUGGAGAAAGUGACAACUCAGACAAUGAUAUCCCCGUGGUGCAUCAAGAUCAAGUGCAAGAUCUGUACAAUCCACCACUACACAUGAGAAAUCCCACAUACUCACUUGACGAAGAUGCAUCAAUUUUCGAAACCACGGAGCCACUACAGAUAGAGGGGGGGUUGCUUGGCAUGGAAUUUAAUAGCAAAGAGGAAUGUGUAUUCGCCAUUCGCCAAUUUCACAUCAGAAACUGUCUUGAUUAUUCCGUUUAUAAGUCUGAUUCUAAACGACUCAUAAUCAAGUGUGUUAACGAAGAAUGCACCUUCAAAUGCAGAGCAUAUGUGGGGAAGGGGAGUGGUAACUGGGUGAUCACUAAGGUUAGCGGUCCGCACACAUGCAUGUCUUCCACAAUGUCUCAAGAUCAUAGAAAACUUGAAUCUAAUCUAAUAUGUAACAGUAUCAAGUCUCUAAUAAACAGUGAUGCCUCACUGAAAGUGAAACACAUAAUCACUCAUAUUCGGGAGACAUUCAACUACACAAUCUCUUACAAAAAGGCAUGGAUUUCAAAGAAUAAGGCUAUCGCUGCUAUUUAUGGAAACUGGGAGACUGCAUACAACGACCUGCCGCAAUGGUUGUUGGUCAUGAAAACAUUUCUACCAGGUACUAUAAUAGAACUCGAGACCCUUCCUAUAUUUUCAAAUGAAGGGACUCAAAUCAGUGGUGCUGGAGUUUUUCACCGCCUUUUUUGGGCUUUCCAACCAUGCAUCAAGGGUUUUGCAUUCUGCAAACCGGUGGUUCAAGUAGAUGGCACAUGGUUAUAUGGAAAGUACAGGGGAACUUUGUUAAUGGCUGUGGCACAAGACGGAAAUAGGAACAUAUUUCCAAUAGCUUUUGCAUUGGUAGAGGGUGAAACCGAAGAAGCAUAG